UACUUCUUUCUAAAGCCGCCGCCUAUUCGAUAUCUCGCAUAAACAAAACUUCCAGAUGCGAUUUCCAGUUGUCUAUCUAAUUUCAAUUUAGCUAUUAUCGUAUUGUCAGAAAGAUUCAAGCUUUCUUUUUGCGAAUUUAAUUUCCCCCCUUUCUUCAGCUUCACUCCUGAAACCGCAAACCCUAAAUUCGCCCAAAACUCAAAUUCUGUUUCAUAUUCUUCUUCUCCUCCCCAAUUAUCUGCAACCCAGAUGUCUACGGCGAACGGAAUCCAUUAGAUGGGGACUUACAUCUGUCUAGAAAUCCAUGGUUGAACAGAUGGGUGCUCUAACGAGCAAUAGAAAGCGCGGGGAUUACUCCAGUUUGAAUAAAAAAUCUCCAUCACUGCAACCACUAGAUCUUGCUGAUACCCACAUUGCGAAGAAGCCGAAACUCUCCUCGCCUAUGCUUCAAAUCUCCGAUCGAUUUGUAUCGGCGAAAGAGAAAACCUCAGCUUCUUCGAGGAUAUACAGGUACCCGGAACCGAUUAAUCGGCUAAGGAGGGAAGUUCACGCUCCUUGUAGAGUACGUAGAUUUGGGUUUUCUCUUUCUUGCAGAAUAGACCCGAACAGGAGUUCUGCUGGCAUCACCCCUAAAGCGGGCGUAGACGACAACAACGUCGUAUUCAUGGGAAAUGUUCUCAGUUCGCAUAAUGACCAGGCCAAGAGUUAUUCGGGUCAGAGUUUACGGAAUUGGAGAAAGGAUAAGGAAGUGAUUGAUGUUGACGACGAUCCAGUUGAAAAUGAUGAGGAGGCGGAGGUUCAGAAAGAGGGAGGAGGAGAAGAAGAACAGGAUAAUAGGAUUGAGCCCAUUUUGAAAGUUCAAUCUGCAGAGAAAUCGAUGCAAUCGCUUUCAAUUGAUGGAGAAGUGAAUGGUUUGAAUAUCCCAGUUCACAAAAAAUUACUGGAGACAGCAGAAAGGCGGAAUUCGAAACUGAACUCAUUGAAUUUCCUUAUCGAAACUCAUGAGAAACGUCGGGCUAAACUGCAGUUACUUCGUCCAGUGAAGAAAGUUGAGCAGGAAGAGGAAAUAAUCACAGAUAAUAUCCAGGAAGCUUUUGUUCCUCUCACCCAGAAAGAAGAGGCUGAUGUAAAAGCUGCCUUGUCUAAUUCCAACAGGAGGAAGUUAUUGGUGAAUCAUGGCCCCUCUAAUAUUGAUAUAACCGGAGAAACAAUAAUGUGCUUGAGGCCCAAAGCAUGGUUGAACGAUGAGGUUAUAAAUGUGUACCUAGAAUUGCUGAAAGAAAGGGAAAAGAGGGAACCAGAAAAGUUCUUAAAAUGCCAUUUCUUCAAUACAUUCUUCUACAAGAAGUUACUUAAUGCAAAGACACCUAGUGAUUUUAAGAGUCUCGGUAGAUGGACUACUCACAGGAAGCUUGGCUACCAUCUCGUUGAUUGUGACAAAAUAUUUAUUCCUGUACACAAAGAAAUACAUUGGUGCUUAGCAGUUAUUAAUAAAAAAGAUCAGAAAUUCCAAUACCUAGAUUCACUGGGAGGAACUGACUCACGCGUGCUGAAUAUCCUGGCUAAAUACUAUGUGGAAGAGGUUAAGGGAAAAAGUGGACAAGACAUUGAUGUUAGUAAAUGGAAGAAAGAAUUUGUUAAGGACCUUCCUGCACAAGAGAACGGGUUUGAUUGUGGCGUGUUUAUGAUAAAGUAUAUAGACUUCUACAGUAGAGGCGUCGGGCUCUGUUUCAAGCAGGAGGACAUGCCUUAUUUUCGGCUUAGAACAGCCAAGGAGAUCUUAAGGUUGAAAGCUGAUUGACCCACAUCCAAAUAACAGCUUCUUUGAGGUUCUGUUUUUUGGAGUUCUGAAAAAUUUAGUGGCUAGGUUGAUUCAUAUUUUGUGUGUGAAAUUGAGGUUUGGCUUUUGUUAUUGUUUUACCUCGGAUGUUUAGCUGUUCAAGUUUUACCUUGUGUCAUCAGAUAUUUAGAACAUAGUCGAUUUGAAAACUGUUUUUUUUUGUCAGUUAUAGUGAACUUUUUGUUUU